AUGCAUUCAAAACUCACCUUCACGAUAUACCCUCAGGGUACCUCUUCUACCCUCAAAACCCCACCAUCUUCUCCGUGGUCGCACGUUGUCAGAUCGGAGCCCGAAUCUGAUUGGAUGGCCGAAGCUGCCGAAUACUACCAGCGAAAGUUGGACAAAUCGAUGCAGGAACCCUCAUCCCCAGUUCCUCCCAAAAUUUCUCGGGUUCCUAAGCGUGAUCCUCCCCGAAAAUGUUCCAAGAUUAAAUCCGCUCCUACCACUCGUGCUACACCUGCGCCAGUGUGGCCAGAUCUGGAGCCUGAGCGUGAUUGGGAACAGGUUGCCGCUGAGUACUAUCAGCGAAAAUACCACAUGGGUCUUAUGGUGUCCCCAAAAUCGGAAACACCAAAAAAAUCGGUAAAGAAGAUGAUAAAAUCCUUCUGCAAAUCUCUUCCGGGUCACCGAGAAAUCCCGAAAAUCGGCUUGUCAAAAUCCUGGGUUCGAUUCCGAAAAGCCGAUCCCGAAUCUGAUGAGAUUCCAAUUCUCGGGCCCGAGUCCGAGUCCGGCGAUGAUGCUUUUGAUAUCGCCGAUGAGAUAUGA